CACGUUGGUGGGGGGAGAUUUUCAGCCCGGUUCCGUCGCGAUUGAUUCGAUGUCACCUGGUAUAUGAGCUCCUCGGAGAGUCUGAGACAGUCGAAUGCCUUCGCAGUCCUCAUAUGUUCGGCAUUCGUACCUCGUGGGGACUCACCUCUCUUGGCCGCGUGUGCCCGACAAUUUUGCAAGGGUGACUAGAAAUUUUGCAGAGUAACCAGUUUGGAGCGACCUGUAUUGGUUGAGUCUGAGAGUGUUGAAGAAAUCCGCAGAGGGGUUUGAUCAACAAGGGAGGAUGGCGCGAGUGGUGGUGGCGUCGUUAUUGGUGCUGGAACUUGUGACAAUAUUGAUGUGGGGAGUGAAAGCAGAUUGGUACGAGACAGUGGUGGAGAAUGCAGGAAUAGCAUCUAUGCAUACGGCUGUGACACAUACGGGUGCAGUGAUACUCCUGGACAGAACCAACAUUGGGGACUCCCAGCUCCCUCUUCCGAACGGUGUGUGUCGGGAUAAUCCUGCAGACAGGGCGAACACACAUGAUUGUACCGCGCAUUCAGCCCUGUACACUCCCAACGGAAAUGGAAUUAAACCUCUGUUUGUGUAUACCGACACUUGGUGCUCGUCUGGUCAGUUCGAUGCCAACGGAAAUAUGGUGCAAACGGGCGGAGACGCCGACGGGCUAAUGAAGAUUCGAACUUUAUGCGGUGAUGGAAACUGCGAUUGGGUGGAGCAAGAUACACAAUUGCAAAACGGAAGAUGGUACGCCACCAACCAAAUUCUUCCCGACGGAACGCAAAUCGUCGUGGGAGGACGCAGUGUCUUCACAGUUGAGUACGUCCCCGCCAACGGCCGCGGCACCUACUAUCUGGAUCUCCUAGAGCAGACAAGCGAUGCUCAGCAGGACAACCUGUACCCUUUCGUGCACCUGCUGCCGAACAACCAGCUCUUUAUCUUCGCAAACAGGGACUCGAUCCUGUAUGAUUGGCAGACCAACACCGUGACAAAGACUUUCCCUACCAUCCCUGGUGAGCCCCGGAACUACCCCUCAGCUGGAAGCUCCGUGCUCCUGCCCCUCACCUCAGAUGGGGGGUUCAGCUGGCCGGAGGUUCUCGUCUGCGGAGGUGCCCAAUACGGCGCGUACUUGAGCGGGAACACCGGUGCAGACGCUUCUCAGACUUGCGGUAGAAUUGCGCCUUUAGCGGACAACGCAGGCUGGGCCAUGGAGUACAUGCCCCAGAAGCGAACCAUGGGAGAUAUGGUGCUCCUACCCACGCGUGAUGUGCUCAUCAUCAAUGGUGCAGCUAACGGCGCUCAAGGAUGGGGAGGCGCUUCGAACCCCGUCACUGCACCCGAUCUCUACAAGCCUUACAACGCGGAAGGGACGCGAUUUACAACCCUGACGGCCACAGAUAUCCCCCGAGUUUACCACUCCACCGCAAACCUUUUGCAAGACGGACGCAUCUUAAUCGCCGGAAGUAACACCCAUCAAUUCUACACUCUCUAUGGUUACCUUCCCACGGAGCUGCGCCUCCAGACUUACAACCCAGACUACCUCGGUGCCAACCCUCCAGCCUUCACAACGCUUCCUGGCGGUCUGGCCUAUGGGGAGGCUUUUACAGCGGUUUUGACGGCAAAUAAUCCGACCAAUAUAGAACUGAACUUGAUCAGUGCGCCAUUCGUCACGCAUUCGUAUGCCAUGGGGCAGAGAUUGUUGCAAUUGGCGGUAACUAAGCCGGCGGACAAUGGUGCAGGAGGAUACAAUGUUGACUCGGCAGCUCCCCCUUCGCAACAAGUUGCACCCGCGGGGUAUUACAUGCUGUUCCCGGUGGCGGAUGGUGUCGUGGGAUACGCAUGGUGGGUGAAAAUCGGGUAAAAUCUGGCACUCUGACGUGAACGAUGGAUACCGACAGUAGGCAGUAUACCGGACUCCUCCAUCAACCAAAUAAGACUGUCGAUGCUGCCAUGACCUGACCAGAAUGGAAGACAGGGUUGAAUCGAUCAGUCACACCGCAACUGAGAGGGAUCAUCGGCUUAGUACAGACCAUCGACAAGGUUGGAAAUCCUAGAAGAAAGCAGAAUCAAUAAGACUAAAUCGCUGGACAGCGUAAUCGAUCACGCCCUUCGACUUUGCUGGCGAGCUCCUCAGAUUAAAGUAGUGUUCUUGUACUAGUAUUAAAAAAAUUCUUAGCCUCUGUUCAACCGAGUGUCGGGUUUCAAUUUCCUGAUCAGGCAUGGUAUUCUUCCAGUCCGCAGAGACGAGUAAUGAACAAUAAAGGCGAGUGCCUGCACUUGAAGCUCCGUUUGGGGAGGUUUCAGUGUGUCGUUUUGCGAGGUUAUGAGAGUGGAUCGAUCUCAUGUGUCUGUACACAGUGGACGUUAGUAUCAUUUUGAAUCAACAGCAUCGAUUGCUGCGAUUCAUAUUCAAACUUCGGCUUCUUGGGUUUUAAUAAAAAGCUACAAAGUUUGGAUACUUGAAAACA